AUGACGUCGAAAAGGCCGCAAUGCUGGGAAUGCCAGCGCCGCGGCUCGCCGUGCGACGGCAGGGUCCCCGUCUGCGGCAACUGCAGCGCCGCCGGCAUGGUCUGCCCGGGCUACAACAACGCCCGGCCGCUGACGUGGCUGCCCACGGGCAAGGUGUCGCGGCUGCAGAAGCCAAAGGCCGGCAAAGACAAAGAUAAAGACAAAGACAAGGACAGAGACAAGGGCAAGGACAAGGAUCAGGGACGGGGCCACGGGGCGGCGAAGCCGGCAGGGAGCAGACGACAGCAGCAGCAGCAGCAAGCUCGGCAGGGUUCGCAUUCGGGCUCGACGGGGAGGUUGAUGCUGUCGAGCAGCACACCGGAGCGAGGAGCAGCGUCGGGGGUGAUGAGUUCGUCGUCGAUAAGACGGCGGAGGAGGAGGAGGGACGAGGACAGGACGGGGGGCAGUGGCGGGAAUCAGGACGGCAACAAUAACAACAACAACAAUAACAACAGCGACAUCGAGAGCAUCACCACCAACACCGUCACAAACAGCACCGCCAGCAGCAGCGGCAGUGACCGGGGCAGCGAUGCCGGCAUCUUCUCCGACGCUUCGCCCGGCGACUCGACGUCACUCGCAGCAGCCGUCAGCCAGACGAUGGUCCGCAGCGACCAGAGCCAUCGUGAAGAUGACAACGGCAGCAGCGAGUUCUUCUCCGAGGGCAAUGACAACCAGAACACGACGAGUCUUCAGGUAGUCGCCAGCAGACAGCUGCAGCAAUGGGGCUCUACCAACAGCUCCCGGCAGAUGCAGGUGUCCGUUCCGCCGGAUCUGAGGCCCGAGCAGUGGGACUUUGUCGAUGCGAUUCAAUACUACAACAACCUCCUCCUCCCCAAGCUCCGCGCAAGACAAAUCGUCCAGAACCCCGCCUGGGGAGGCGAGCUCAACGGCAAGGCCCUGCAGGCCCUCACGGCCGCCAACCGGCACUGCAUCCUGGCCAUCGCCGUCGGCUACCGCAUCAUGUGCGUCUCCAUCAUCCACGGGCUGGACCUGGAGCCGUCGACGUCCGGGCCGGCGUCUCACCUGUGGCUUCAGUUCUACCGGCACAUGGGCAAGUCGAUUCGGGCCCUGAACGAGGAGAUUCAGCAGAGCGGGAGCGUGUUUAACAUCUUUUCCAGCAUGGCUCACUUGAUGAGCGCAGAGGUCCUCGUCUCGAAUUCCCUGUCAUGGCGUCUUCAUGCCGACGGCUACCUCAUGCUCAUCAAGCACUGCGGCGGCCUCCGCAAACUCAUGAACACUUCCGCAACGCCCCUAUUGAUGCAAAGCUUCGUCAUAGGCAUCACCGUCUUCAACACCACAAGCCCCAGCCACGCCCAGCUCGUCGACGCCUGCAACUUUGACGUCGACGACGUCAUGGCCCUCUACGAGAUUGGGAGCAGCCCCCUCUUCUACUGUCCCGCGCCCCUUUUCCGCGAAAUCUUCCUCAUCAACCGCCUCCGCCUUGAAGCUUCAACCGCCCUCUCAUCCUCCUCUGACCCCCUUUCCGAACACAGCAGCAGCAGCAGCUCCUGUCACGUCCUCGAGCGCAUCGACGCAUAUUCCGUGCCGCCUGUGCCGCAAGCACCGGGCAUCGACGACCAAAAGGCACAGAACCUGCUCUUUGUCUCGCUGCUAUUCAAGUCCGCCGUCGCGGUAUUUGCUUCCCUGACGCUACCCUGCACAUCCCGCUGCCCUUCCCACAAGCCCUGUGCGCAGGUCCACAAGAUGCAUCGAGCCAACCUCUUCCACCUCCUCGACACAACGUCCGAGUUCCUGCCGCUGCUGGACCACAUCCUCUGGCCGGUGGUCGUGGCGGGGACGGCCGCGGCGACGGGGAGCGUCGAGGACAGGAUGCUCGUGGAGAUGUAUCUGCUCAACGGCGCGCGGGAUCCCUUCACGGGCGGGUGCACGGGCUCGGCGCUGGCGACGAUGAGGAGGUUUUGGAAGUCGGGCAGGACGCGGUGGGACGAGUGCUUUGACCAGCCGCAUGCCUGGAUGAUUUGA